AUGAAUCUUGAAGGAGUCGAACAUGAUCAUAUUAGAUUGCACGCUUUUCCUUUUUCUUUGCAAGAUUUGGCUAAAGAUUGGUUGUAUGAUCUUCCUGCUGGAUCAAUUACGACUUGGAAUGUUAUGGUAUCAACUUUUCCAGGAAAGUACUUUCCAGCAAGUCUAAUUGGAUCCAUCAGGAAGGAGAUAUGUGGCAUUAGGCAGCAUGAUAAUGAGUCCUUGUAUGAGUAUUGGGAACGUUUUAAGAGAUUGUGUUCCUCAUGUCCCCAACAUCAUAUUAGUGACCAACUAUUAAUUCAGUACUUUUAUGAAGGCCUAUUGCCUACUGAUAGGGGUAUGAUAGAUGCUUCGAGUGGGGGGGCAUUAGUGGACAAAACACCAACCCAAGCUAGGGCUUUAAUUUCUAAUAUGGCUCAAAACACCCAACAACAUGGUACUAGAAAUGAUGUUAAAAAUGGAGUUGAUUUAAGUGGUAUUCAGAAUCAAUUACAAGAAAAUGCUCAACAAAUUACUACCUUAACUACUCUCGUGUCUAAAAUUGUUGCUAGUAACGAGUCUAAAGCUAGAGUUUGUGGAAUUUGCUAUAAUGAGUCUCAUCCUACUGAUAAAUGUCACGACUUGCAAUCUGAAGAUGUGAAUGCUAUAGGUGGUUAUUCUGGUCAAAGAAAAUAUGAUCCUUACUCAAAAACUUAUAAUGAAGGUUGGAAAGACCACCCUAAUAUAAGGUAUGGAAAUAGACCACAACUUCCACAAUCUAAUCAACCAAGGCAAUAUGGUCAACCAAAUCACCCACCCCAAUCUGGUCCUUCACUAGAAGACUUAGUUAAGCAACUAACUAAUCAAGUAGGGCAAGUCCAUAAUCAGGGUAUUGAGUAUCAAAAGAAAACUGACACGCGCCUUCGUCACAUAGACACUCAAAUAGGUCAGAUUUGCACUUCUUUAAGUAAUCUUGAAACUCAACUAUCAGGUAAACUUCCAUCACAAACAAUCCCUAAUCCCAAUGGUCAUGUUAAAGCUAUCACAGUUAGGAGUGGUAAAGUGUUAACUGAACCUAAAAUGAAAAGUCGUGAAGUUGAAAAAGAGAUAGAAGUCAAUCCUGAAGUUGGAUCAGGGGAAAGAGUAGAAAGUGAGGGUACGGUGAAGGACAAUGAAAAAGAAAAUGAAGGGAAGAGUAAAACUGAAUCUGAUUCUGUUGUUUCUCGUUUUAAAGAAUUGCCUCCUUUCCCUUCUCGAUUUUCUAAAGCUAAGAAAGAGAGUCUUGACAAUGAAAUUCUAGAAACUUUUAGGAAAAUUGAAGUCAAUAUUCCCCUUCUUGAUGCAAUUAAACAAGUACCUCGUUAUGCAAAGUUUCUUAAGGAACUAUGUACUAACAAAAGACAGUUUCGUCCUUCUAAAAAGUUAGCUGAUAGAUCUAAAGCAUUCCCAAUAGGAGUCUUAGAAGAUGUACUUGUCCAAGUGAAUGAAUUGGUUUUUCCUGCUGAUUUUUAUGUUCUGGAUAUGGGUGAUAGAUGUGAUAGUGUUCCCUUGUUGUUAGGUAGACCAUUUCCGAAAACUUCUAAGACAAAAAUUGAUGUUCAUGAGGGUAACUUAACUAUGGAAUUUGAUGGAUAA